AGGGUUAUGGUUAAGACUUCAACUUUUGUCGCUCCUGUAUCGUAUUGUACACACUCACUUUCUUCUCUGAUUAUUGGUAUUAGAUCCAUGACUGUUGCAAGAGCAGACUGACGUCUGGAUGGGAGACUCCAAGUCAGCUUCCAAAACCACCUGGAAUGGAUCACCCCAGGGACGGGUCCUGUCCACCCUGCUGUUUGUACUGUACACAAAUGACUGUCAGAGCACACUUCAGUCAAGGUUGUGAAGGCAAAAGAGUUUCUUUGCACUGAAAUUGUUCUUCAAAAUCUAAAGUGGACAUUGCCCACCCAAGCCGGUCACCAUGAACGCCUCCGUGCUUCCACCUUCCAAUGACACGCCUCUCUGCUACUCCAUCAACAGUCCUCCAUUCAAGGACGUCCCUAACAUCGCCUCAGCCUACUUCUCCUCAAUCUUCAGCGCUUUGGGUCUCACCUCCAACCUCAUCGCCUUCGUGGUUCUCCUCAAGUCGUUCCGGCGGACCCACAGCAGCUCUCGUUCCUCGUUCCUCAUCUUUCUGGGAGGCCUGGUGGUCACGGACUUCAUGGGUCUACUGGUCACAGGAACCAUCGUGGUGGGCUUCCACAUUACGCACUUCAACUGGCGCAGUUUAGACCCCCACUGCCACUUUUGCAACUUUAUGGGCAUGUCCAUGGUCUUUUACGGACUGUGCCCGCUGCUGCUUGGCGCCGCUAUGGCCGUGGAGCGCUUCAUUGGCAUCAAUCGUCCAUUUGCACGAAGCACCAGCACACCCAAGAGGCGGACGGUCUCCAUGUUGUUGCUGGUGUGGUUCACCGCCGGCUGCAUGGCGUCGUUGCCCCUGACCGGGAUCGGGAGCUACCACAUGCAGAUGCCCGGCUCCUGGUGUUUCUUCAACAUCAGCUCAGCAGGCACUGACCUGGUCUUCUCCUUGCUCUUUUCCCUGUUCGGGCUGACGUGCAUUGCUGUGUCCUUUGUCUUGAACACGGUCAGCGUCGUUACACUGAUCAAGGUGUGCUGUGGACAGGACAAGAUGCAACGGCGUCGAGAUCAGGAAGUGGAAAUGAUGGUGCAGCUCAUCCUCAUCAUGGUCAUCGCUUCCAUCUGCUGGUGUCCUCUGCUGGUCUUUAUUGCACAAACUGUGCUGAGUGGACGUCCUCUACAGGUCAUCUACCUUCUGGUGUGGCUACGCUUCGCCUCCUGGAACCAGAUCCUGGACCCCUGGGUAUAUAUCCUGUUUCGCCGGUCGGUGUUACAGAGAAUCUACCCCCGAAUGGACUGGUCCCGGUGGUCCAUGGUCACCGUAAACCCAUCUCUCAGGGACACCAUUAACAGGUUCAGGCGCUCUUCUUCCCUCGGAAGGCCUCUUAGUGCAGAGGAAACGGAACAGACCGAAAAAAUAAACAACACGGACCAUGCACCAUGAAGCCGCUUCUUCCUCGAAGAUGCGUGAGGACCUGUUUUUGGAAAGGCUAGGUUAUAUUUAGGAUGUAAUGUUUUGCAGUAUUAACAUCCCAGGAUCCAAGCAUGCAGUGAUGUGAAAGAAUGCAAAUGCACUAAUCACUUAUAUACGCUAAAAAGCAAACAGGCAACUGACUCUGUCUGACCGCCAAAUUUGUCUGCUAGCCAUUUUGGGACGAACAAAAUCACUAAACUAAAGGACAUUGUAUGUCGAGUUCUUUUUUCAAAUUUGU